UCUUGUUGGGUGGAAUUGGACAACACACAUAGAAAUUGCUCUACCGGCAAAGAGAUGUUCUCAUCAAUCAAUCUAAAAACUGGAUCUGGUUUACUUGUUUUCGUUUUGGCGAAAAGAGAAUAAGCAGUAGAGAGAAUGGCUGAGGCAGUUGUUUCCGUCGUGCUCGAAAGUGUCAGAGACUUCACCAUUCAGGAAGCCAAGUUCUUGUCUGGAGUCAGCCGUCAAGUUGAAGCUGCACAAACUGAGCUAGAAUUCAUGCAGGGAUUCCUCAAAGAUGCAGAUGCAAGACAAGGACAAGAUACAAGAGUCCAGAUUUGUGUUGCCAAAAUUAGAGAUGCGGCUUAUGAUUUGGAAGAUAUUAUUGAAACUUAUGGCUUGAAAGUGGAUUCCAAGAAGAAGAAAAGAGGCCUCAAGAAUGUUCUCAAAAGAUUUGCCUGCAUCUUCAAGGAAGGGGUUGAUGUUCACAGGAUUGGGGCAGAAAUUGAGAAUAUCACUACUAAAAUUUCUGCGUUGAGAUCGAAUUUGCAGAGUUAUAACAUAAAGGAAAUAAGGGACAGGGACAGCGGUGGUGGUGAAUCUUCCUUGCAAUUGCAUGAGAGGCUAAGGAGAAGUUAUUCUCAUGUUGUUGAACGUGAUGUUGUUGGGUUAGAGUCCAACGUUGAAGAAUUGGUUAUGCAUUUGGUGAAAGAUGAAAAUCGUCAUCAAGUUGUAUCUAUUUGGGGGAUGGGCGGUUUAGGGAAGACCACCCUUGCAAGAAAGGUUUAUCAUCACAAAAAAGUAAGUCAGCAUUUUCAUAGUUUUGCUUGGGUCUGUGUAUCUCAACGUUUUCAAGUCAGAAAUGUUUGGGAAAGAAUUUUAAUUGAACUCACUUCUGCUACCAAGGAGCCAAAACAAGAAAUUAAGGACAUGACAGAUGAUGAAAUAGCAAAGAAGCUUUUUUGUGUCAUGGAAGAAAUGAGAUGUUUGGUGAUCCUUGAUGACAUUUGGAGUAUCGAGACAUGGAAUCUUUUGAAGGUUGCAUUUCCAAACGUGGAAACAGAGAGCACAAUACUGCUUACUACACGGAAUCAAGCAGUAGCUUCGCUCCCAAAUAGAAAUGUUUUUCUCCACAAACUCCAGCCACUCAAUGAGAAUGAGAGUUGGGAACUACUUGUGAAGAAAGCAAUACCUGCAUGGGCUGAAAUCGACUUAGGAAUGUACAUAAAGAAGAAAGACUUAGGUAUGAAGAUGCUUCAACAUUGUAAAGGUUUGCCAUUAGCCAUUAUUGUGCUUGCUGGAGUUCUAGCUAGAAAAAACUCCAUUAGAGAAUGGAUGAGAGUGUAUGAGAAUGUUCGUGAAUACAUAAAUAGAGGCAUCGGACAUGAAGAAGAAUACGAAGGUGUAUCACGAGUGUUGGCAUUGAGUUAUGAUGACCUACCGUAUUACUUAAAACCAUGUUUUUUAUAUUUAAGUUAUUAUCCUGAAGAUUGUAUUAUUUCAGUAAGUACAUUGACUAAGUUAUGGGUGGCAGAAGGUCUUAUCUUCUUAAGACAACAAGGUCAUGGUUCGGAGAAAACAAUGGAGGAUAUAGCACGUGAUUGCUUAAGUGAGUUAGUGGAAAGGUGUUUGGUUCAAGUGGGAACAAGUGGUUCAACUGGGACAAUUAAAGAUUGUCGAAUCCAUGAUCUUAUACGAGACAUGUGUUUGUUAAAGGCAAAAGAUGAAAGCUUUCUCCAAAUUAACUAUUCUUUGCAAGAAAAUACUUCUUCUGUGACAGCCCAGGCAUCACAAUUGGGGAAAAUUCGAAGACUUGCAAUUUACGUGGAUGAGAAGGCAGAUAGGUUGGUUUCUUCAAGAGAUGAAACAAAUGGGCACGUAAGGUCUCUAUUAUUCUUUGGCCUAAGAGAAUGGAGACCAAAAAGUGAAAAAGGAUUACUAUCUCCGUUGAAGGAUUUCAAAGUGCUUAGAGUUUUGAAGGUUGAAGGUCUUCGGGCAAGAAGAGUAGAGUUGCCAAGUGAAAUUGGAAAUAUGGUACACUUAAGGUUUCUAAGUGUGAGGAGGAGCGAAAUAAAAACAUUUCCGCCAUCCCUAGGUAAUUUAGUAUGCUUGCAAACUCUUGAUUUUCGUGUUUCAAGUUAUAUUGACAUGGUCAUCCCAAAUGUGAUAAAGAAGAUGAAACAAUUAAGACAUUUAUAUUUACCUUGGAAUUACAGAGCAAAGGGUAAGCUGGAGCUGUCUACUCUUGGCCAUCUACAGACCUUACAUAACCUUUCAAGUGAGUAUUGUGAUUUGAAAGAUGUUGGUAGAUUAACUAAUCUUAGAAAACUGAAAAUAAGAGUGUUAGGCUCUUUGCAAAAUCUAGAGGAAAUCUUAAAAUCUACAGGCAGCACGCUUAACCGUAUUCGGUCUCUAAUCGUGAAAAACGACACGAAUAGCGGUGAAGAGCAAGCUAUGCAAAUAGUAUCAAGCUGUCAGGGUAUAUACAAAUUGACAUUGGAUGGGCCAAUCGCAGAAUUACCAAAAGAGCUGCAUAACUAUCCAAACCUCACCAAGUUAGUAUUAUGGAGUUGUGGUCUCAAGGAGGACCAAAUGGGAAUACUAGAGAAGCUGCCAAACCUAACAAAUUUGAAGCUUUUUGAAAAACCUUUCGAGGAGAAUACAAAGAUACUGGUUUUCUCCAGAGGAGGAUUUCCUUCUCUUGAAUUUCUUCAUGUUUCUAGAAUGGACCAAAUAACAGAGCUGAGGGUAGAGAAAGGAGCCAUGCCUCGUCUCUGUCAAUUGUGCAUCCAAUUUUGCUCGGGAUUGACUACACUUCCGGAUGGGCUGAGAUAUCUUAUUUAUCUCAAGGAAUUAACCAUUAGAUGGAUGUGUAGAGAACUCCACCGUCGGAUUGAGGAAGAUGGAGAGGAUUUCUAUAAAAUUCAACAUGUACCUUCCCUUGUAAUUGGAGAACCACUCGAUUAACCACCGAUGCAAUGAUAGCAAGCUGCAGAUAGGACGCGACAUUGAGAAAGUAUCUCGAAGCUCUGCAACAGAGGGAGCAUGUACCAGGCUGAACUUAUAGAGAGAAGAAAGAAAUGCUCUGUGAAAAUCAAGAGGAGCAAAGAUGUGGUCAAAUAGUUCAAAGUUGGUUGCAAGCUUUUGGGUCUAGUUCUUACACAAAUGAAAUUAUUGUGUUACAUUAAAAUUUCCUUGAUGAAACCUUGUAUUUGUAUUCCUCUUCCGUGUAUGUUUUCAAUUGUAAAUAUUU